GGAACACUUCACCUGAACACCAGACAGAGCCAAGAUGGGGAAGAGGAGGUUCUCUAGUUUGGAGUUGACCCUGAUAGUCUUGUUCCUGUUGAUGACUGUCGUGGCCAUCACUCUAAUAGCUCUCUUUGUCGUCCAGAAGAAAGUGACUGAUGAUGCCAUGUGCAUGUGUCUGCAUCAAAAGUGUGAGCAGCGUGGAUGUUGCUGGAGUCCGCUGGAUGAGAGGAACGCUCCCUGGUGUUUCUUUUCAAAACAACAUGGAUACACAGUGGAGUCAGUAGAGCAACCUAGCCCAACCGUGAUGAAUGCCCGCCUGAAGAGAAUGCCAUCUCCUUCUCUAUUUGGUGCUGAUAUAGAGGAACUCUCAUUUCACGCAGAGAUGCAGUCACAGAAUCGACUCCGAUUUAAGAUCACUGAUGCCCACAAGCAGAGGUUCGAGGUCCCCCAUGAGCACGUCAGCAGCAUCAACAACAUUCAAGCCUCCACCCCCAUCAGCAACAUAUUGGAGAUCACACACAAGCCCUUUGGCCUUAUUGUGCGCAGGAAGGAGAACAAUAAAGUCCUGUUUGACACCUCAGUGGGUCCACUGGUGUUUGCAGACCAGUAUCUGCAGCUGUCUACUAUGCUUCCAGCCUCAUAUAUUUAUGGGCUGGGAGAGCAUGUCCAUAGGAACUAUCGCCAUGACAUGAACUGGAAAACCUGGCCCAUCUUCACCAGAGAUGCUUUCCCCAAUGGGGGAACACAUAACCUCUAUGGACACUAUCCCUUCUUCCUCUGUCUGGAAGACCAAAGUGGAAAGUCGUUUGGAGUCUUUCUCAUGAACAGCAAUGCUAUGGAGGUGACUCUGCAGCCAGCUCCAGCGGUGACCUACAGGACAAUUGGAGGCAUCCUUGACUUCUACAUUUUUUUUGGCGAUACACCAGAACAAGUGGUGCAGGAGUUCCUUAAUCUGAUUGGCAGGCCUGUAAUCCCUCCCUACUGGUCACUGGGAUUCCAGCUUUCUCGGUGGGACUAUGGGAGCCUGGAUGAGGUCAAGAGAACAGUGCAGAGGAACCGUGACGCGGGCCUCCCAUAUGACAUUCAGUACACUGAUAUAGACUACAUGGAGGAUAAGAAGGACUUCACAUAUGACAAAAUCAAGUUCAGAGACCUACCACAGUUUGCUGACUACAUGCAUGAGAAGGGACAGAAAUACAUCCUAAUCCUGGAUCCAGCAAUAGCCACCAGUAAGAGAGUCGGGAAUGCCCCAUAUGACUCCUACGACCGCGGAACAGAGAAGAAUGCCUGGGUCACUGAAUCAGAUGGGAAAACACCUCUACUGGGAGAGGUAUGGCCAGGAGAAACUGUAUUUCCAGACUACACCAGCCCAAACUGUAUCGACUGGUGGGUUGAUGAAUACGACAGAUUCUACAAGGAGAUCAAACAUGAUGCCCUCUGGAUUGACAUGAACGAGGUGGCUAACUUCAAGAAAGGAUCAACAAAUGGCUGUGCUGACAAUGAACUCAACUACCCUCCUUUCACUCCAAGGAUUCUGGAUGAGGUGAUGUACAGUAAGACUUUGUGUAUGGAUGCCAAGCAGGCCUGGGGGGACCACUACGAUGUUCACAGUCUCUAUGGCUACUCUAUGGUCCUGGCUACUGAAAAGGCUCUGCAGCAUGUGUUCCGUGGAAACCGGACCCUGAUGCUGACCCGCUCCUCCUUCCCAGGUGUGGGGAAAUAUUCGGGUCACUGGCUCGGGGACAAUGCUGCCAACUGGAACGACAUCAAAUGGGCCAUCCCUGGCAUGCUAGAGUUUAGCCUGUUCGGGGUUCCCUAUAUUGGAGCAGACAUCUGUGGUUUCUUUGAUGACAGCAGUGAGGAGCUAUGUAGACGCUGGAUGCAGGUGGGAGCGUUCUAUCCCUUCAGCCGCAACCACAACGCCCAGGGCUACAAGCCCCAGGAUCCAGCUGUUUUUGGCUCUAGGCUGGUGGAGAGCUCCAAACAUUACCUGAACAUCCGUUACACCCUUCUGCCUUACCUUUACACACUCUUCUACAAAGCUCACACCACAGGAGAGACUGUUGUGCGUCCGCUCCUACAUGAGUUCUACUCUGACAUUAACACCUGGUCACUGGACCGCCAGUUCCUUUGGGGAAAACACCUGCUCAUCACACCUGUACUGGACCCAGGAGUGGAUAUGCUGGAAGCUUACUUCCCAGAUGCUCUGUGGUACAACUACGAGACAAUGGAGGCAUUGCCAGUGCGUAAACAAAAAUAUACCCUGCACCUACCGGGAGAUAAGCUUGGUUUACACAUCAGAGGUGGAGCUAUUCUCCCCACACAGAGGCCUGCUGUCACCACCACAUACAGUCGUCGUAACCCCAUGGGUUUGAUCAUUGCUCUUGACGACAACAGCCAGGCAGCUGGGGAGCUAUUCUGGGAUGAUGGAGAUUCACGAGAAACAGUUCAAAAUGGAAACUACAUUCACUACAAGUUCUCCGUUGUCUAUGGAGUGCUGACUAUGCAGGUUACUCAUGCUGGUUUUCAGGACCCAAACAACCUCAGAUUUGAGAACAUCACAGUCCUCGGGGUGCCAUACCCUCCCAUGUCUGUCUCUGUGACAGAGGGUAACAAUAUCACCAAUGUACUGUCUGCUGACAAAAUACACCACGACUCGUCCAAGAAGGUUCUCUUCCUUCGUGGUCUCUCCCUGUCCCUUGGGAAGACCUACAUUGUACAGUGGGACCAGGUCAUGGAGGAGUACCAGCGCUUCGACUGCUAUCCCGAGGAGAAUUCAGACGAGGCUAAGUGCAAGGAACGAGGCUGCAUCUGGGAGCCUAGCCACUUUGAACGUGUUCCAUGGUGCUACUAUCCGAAAGACUAUGGAUACACUGCCACCGAGGUUACCGAGACUGACUCAGGCAUGACUCUAGAUAUCACUCGGAAUAGGAAGUACAAGAGCAGUGGCCGCCCAGACUCUCCUGACAUCAACUACCUCCGUGUGGAGAUCCGUUACCACAGUGAACACAUGCUGCAGUUCAAGAUUUGGGACCCGACCAGUAGGCGUUAUGAGGUUCCAGUGCCACUGUCCAUCCCAUCCACUCCAGAGACAAAUGAGGACAAGAGACUCUACAAGGUUAUCAUCACCAAAAAUCCCUUCGGCAUCCAAGUGAUUAGGAAGAGCACAGGAACCAAGAUCUGGGACUCCUCUGUGCCAGGCUUUACCUUCUCAGACAUGUUCAUCCAGGUGUCUACUCGACUGGCGUCAGAGUAUGUGUACGGCUUUGGAGAGACAGAGCAUCUCACCUACAGGCACGACCUCAAUUACCACACCUGGGGAAUGUUCGCCAAGGACCAGCCUCCUGGCUACAAGAUGAAUUGUUACGGAGUGCAUCCCUUCCAUAUGGGCCUUGAGACCACUGCCCAUGCACAUGGUGUGUUACUGCUAAACAGCAAUGCUAUGGAUGUGACUCUUCAGCGUACCCCUGCUAUAACCUACCGAACUGUGGGAGGCAUCCUGGAUUUCUACAUGGUCCUGGGACCUACCCCGGAGCUGGUGGUGCAGGAAUACACUGAACUGAUUGGACGCCCUGUCCUACCUGCCUAUUGGUCCCUUGGGUUCCAGCUCUGUCGCUAUGGUUAUGCCAAUGACCAGGAAAUAGCAGAUCUAUACAGAGACAUGAGAGCAGCUGGCAUACCCUAUGACGUGCAAUAUGCAGAUAUUGACUACUUGGAUCGUCAGCUGGACUUUGUCCUGGACCCAGAGUUUAAUGGGCUGCCUGCCCUUGUUGACCGCAUGAGGGGAGAAGGCAUGAAGUUCAUCAUCAUUCUGGAUCCAGCCAUCUCAGGCAAUGAGACUCGCUAUUACCCUGCCUUUGAGCGAGGCAUAGAAGAUGAUGUCUUCAUCAAAUGGCCCAAAGAGCUCAGUGAUGACAUUGUCUGGGGGAAGGUGUGGCCUGAUUUCCCCAAUGUAACAGUGGAUGACUCUUUGGACUGGGAUACCCAAGUAGAGCUCUUCAGGUCCUUCACCGCUUUCCCUGAUUUCUUCCGCAACCGCACAGCAAGGUGGUGGCAUCGCGAGAUCAAGGAGUUCUAUGAGAAAACCCUGAAGUUUGAUGGCCUCUGGAUUGACAUGAAUGAACCUGCCAGUUUUGUCCACGGCACUGUGGGAGAGAAGUGUCUUGGUUCACCACUUUUGGAGAACCCUCCCUAUAUGCCACCUUUGGAGUCUAAGCACCGCGGGCUGAACCAUAAGACACUGUGUAUGAACAGCCAGCAGUUCCUCAGCGAUGGGACACCAGUCAGACACUAUGACGUCCACAGCCUCUACGGCUGGUCUCAAACCAAGCCCACCUAUGAUUCACUGCUGAAUGUGACAGGAAGCAGAGGCAUAGUGGUGACCAGGUCUACCUACCCCUCCAGUGGCAAAUGGGCUGGACAUUGGCUGGGGGACAACUACGCCAGCUGGGACCAGCUGUAUAAGUCAAUUAUAGGCAUGAUGGAGUUCAGUUUGUUUGGCAUCCCUUACACGGGGGCGGACAUAUGUGGGUUCUUCAAUACAGCUCAGUAUGAGAUGUGUCUUCGCUGGAUGCAGCUGGGUGCCUUCUAUCCCUACUCACGCAAUCAUAAUGGCAAGGGCAACCCGAGGCAAGAUCCUGUUGCGUGGAAUUCCACCUUUGCUGAGGCAUCGCGUGAUGUCCUGAACAUCCGUUACACACUCCUGCCAUACCUGUACACACUGAUGUUUGAGGCCCAUUCCAAAGGUAGCACUGUCAUCAGACCGCUCCUGCAUGAGUUUGUGAAUGAUAAAGCUACAUGGGAUAUCUACAAACAGUUCCUCUGGGGGCCUGCUCUACUUAUCACCCCUGCAAUGGACCCGGGAGCUGUAUCUGUGGACGGCUAUGUUCCUGAUGCACGCUGGUAUGACUACCACACGGCCAAAUAUGUUGGCGUGCGUAAGCAGGUGGUUACCAUGCCAACACCUCUGGACCACAUCAACCUUCAUAUCAGGGGAGGACAUAUCUUACCCUGGCAGAAACCAGAGAACAACACACACUACAGUCGGAGGAAUCCUUUAGGAUUGAUUGUUGCCCUGAGCGACAGUGGAACUGCCCAGGGUUCCUUUUUUUGGGACGAUGGGGAAGGAAUUGACACAUAUGAGAAGGGAGAAUAUCUCCUGACCUCCUUCACAGCAGCAUCGAACUCCUUGUCCAAUAAAAUUGUUCAUAAUGGCCUGGCUCCUGCUGACCGGUUGAUCCUGGGCGUGGUGAAGGUGUGGGGGGCAGGCAGCACCCAGAUCCAGCAGGUGACCCUGACAGACGCGGCUGGGACUUCGCACCCACUGACCCCGCAGCACAACAUCAGCACUCAGUCAAACAACGCCCUCAUCACACAAGCCCCCUCUGUCUUGGGUCCUGAUGAAAGCAGUAGCCGCAGUAACCGUGACAGUGAUGGCGGGCAAAAGCCUUGUUAG